GGCGACCUUCCGCUUUCUUAUACCAACCGAAGGCGGGUGGAAGACCGCUGCAGUGGCCUGCUGCCAUGUCUCGGCCGUCUCCCGGACCCGGGCUGCUCCAGGGCGCUUCAGGGCUCGCCCCCCUGCUGCUGGCGGUGCUGCUGGCGCUGGCACUGCGGGCCGGGAGCGGGGCCGACUGCCCGUGCCAGGACCCCGCGCUGUGCCGCCCGAUCACCCACCACCCAGAUUUCGAGGUCUUUGUAUUUGAUGUUGGAAAGAAAACUUGGAAAUCUUAUGACUGGUCACAGAUUACAACUGUGGCAAUUUUUGGAAGAUAUGAUCCAGAACUUAUGUGUUAUGCUCAUUCAAAAGGAGUAAGAGUUGUGCUAAAAGGAGCUGUGUCUUUAAAGGAUAUCAUUGAUCCUAUUUUUAGAGCAUCCUGGAUAAAUCAAAAACUUGAGUUGGCCAAAAUCCAAUAUAUGGAUGGAAUUAAUAUAGACAUAGAGGAAGAAGUUAAUUGUUCAUCACCUGAAUAUGAUGCAUUAACUGCUUUAGUUAAAGAAACCACAGAUUCUUUCCACCAGGAAAUUGAGGGAUCACAGGUAACCUUUGAUGUGGCUUGGUCUCCAAAGUGCAUUGACAGAAGGUGCUAUAAUUAUACUGGAAUUGCAGAUGCUUGCGACUUUCUUUUUGUGAUGUCUUAUGAUGAACAAAGUCAAAUCUGGUCAGAAUGUAUUGCAGCAGCCAAUGCUCCAUAUAAUCAGACAUUAAGAGGAUAUGAUGACUACAUCAAGAUGGGUAUUAACCCUAAGAAACUUGUUAUGGGUGUCCCCUGGUAUGGUUAUGAUUAUGCCUGCUUGAAUCUAUCAGAAGAUCAUGUUUGUACCAUUGCAAAAGUCCCUUUCCGGGGGGCACCUUGUAGUGAUGCUGCAGGACGUCAGGUGCCCUAUAAAGUGAUCAUGAAGCAAGUAAAUAGUUCUAUUUCUGGGAGUCAGUGGAAUACAGACCAGCAGGCUCCUUAUUAUAAUUAUAAAGAUAAUUCUGGCCGUUUUCAUCAAGUAUGGUACGAUAAUCCUCAAAGUAUUUCUUUAAAGGUAGCAUACAUAAAGAACCAUGGCUUGCGGGGCAUUGGCAUGUGGAAUGCAAACUGUCUUGACUACUCUGAAGAUGCUAUAGCCAAACAGCAAACUGAAGAAAUGUGGCAAGCCUUAAAACCAAAACUGUGACAGAGAUGAGCAUCUUUUGUCAAACUAUUGAAAUUUUCAAAAUUUACAGUUUAUACAAGUGUAUAUAGUUUAAUAUUGCUCCAUACUAGUAUACUCAAAAGCAGAUGAAGAAUACUUUGAACCUGAAAAUAAAUGUUACUUAAAUAUAUAUUUUAUAUGGAAAUAUAAGCUUAAGAUACAUUAAAUAUUAUAAUUAUGCUUUGAUUAUGUAAUUAUAAAAUCUAGUUAAUUGUGUAUGUAAUUUAAGGUAUAUUUACACACUAUAGUUGUGUAACUACGCAUGAAUGUAUAUAAUUAUGAGCAUUAAUAUAAAAUUAGAAGAAAUUGUCCUCAAAAUGCUGUGCAAAAAAUUUACCCCAGUAUUAAAAUAUAUGCUUAAAAAUAUAUACUAUUUGAAAAUAUAUUUAUAAUUUGAAGUGAAAACUUGCUUAUAAUCAGUUUUUUAAAAAAUAAAAUCUGAAGAAAUGAUUUGCUCUGUACUAUAAAAAAAAACUCUAAAUUUAUUUUUAGGGGGCCUCUUAAGCAUUGUUCAGGAUGCCUGGUAGUGCUUGAGAGCAGAACCGGGUGGUAUUCAUCCAAUUAUGUCAGAGGACCAUAUGUGAAGCUGGGGUCAGGUGCAAUUUCGGCAUGCACCUUAACCCCUGUACUAGUUUUCCAGUUCAGUAUCUCUAAAUUCAAGUCUGCAAUUUAGUCGAUUUUGUUGUUUUACAUUUAAAUUUCCUGAAACACUUUUUUAAUAUCCAUAUGAAAAGUGGAAAAAAAUACAGAUUUAUAUAAAAUAUAUUUUAUAAAACAUAAAAUAUCUGUUAAGAAAACAGUCAAACAUAUUCAGUUAUUUACUAUUUUUGAUUAAUAGAAGUUUUGAAUUAGCAUACCUGGUUGAGAUUGUGAAAGAAUAUUUGUCUUCUGUGCCAGUUCAGCUUUUAAGUUACGUAAAUUGGAAACUGCUUGUUUUCUCAUCUAUUGAAAGAAUUACCUUUCAAAAAUGCACUUUCAUCUUACCCUUCUAAAAUUACAGAAUUGUCAUACAAAUAUGAACUUAUUAAAACUUCUUCUCCCAUUUGCCUCCAAUAUCUUCAUUCCCACUGAAUUACUAUAAUAUGUAAAUUACAAAUCUGGUUAAAUAAGCAUAUUUAUUUUCUGAGAAGUGUUCUAUCUCAUAAUUUCAUUGAUUAGUACAUAGGCAUAAUAAAAUCAAAAUUCUGAAAAAUUAGAGUGAGAAAGAACUUUAAUUUUUGCUUAAGUGUCAGAAACUGUUGUGAUUAAGAAAUAAAGAGGAAAAAUAAACCCCCCAAACUCUG